CUGUAGAUUUUGUUAUUAAAUAAAAUGAGAGGGAUUUUGGAGGUUAAUAAGUUAUGUAAAAUAAUAUUGUAAAUUAAUUGAAAUGAAUGGAGAUAAGUAGAAGCCAUUUAAAUUAUGCCUACUUGUGAAUAAACUUAUUGAAUUCCGAGUAAUUUACUUAAAGUUGGAAAGAAUCAACUGUAUGAAAAAAUAUAUAAAUUAAAACAUUAACAUCAUUGAUAAAAUUACAUCAUGUCUGGAAGACUAAUUAAUCAAAUAAGGACAAUCACGCAGUCUCCGCAUAAAAGAAGAGUCGUUGUAACAGGCCUUGGAGUUGUCUCUCCCCUCGGCACUGGCACUGAGCUGGUAUGGCAGAAUAUUUUGAAAGGUCAAUGUGGUAUAGUCGCUCUGCCAGGCAACGAGUAUUCUAAAUUACCAUGUAGAAUAGCUGGAUUGAUCCCUUCAGAGAAAGACGAUGUAGUGGCUAAGGCACUGUCGAAAUCCAACCUAAAAUCCAUGGCUCCUGCUACAUGCCUUGCUCUUGUAGCGACAGCAGAAGCACUGGCAGAUGCGAAAUGGUCGCCAGCAUCGGAACAUGAUAAAGAGGCAACAGGAGUAGCUAUAGGUAUGGGAAUGAUAGAUUUAAAGGAUGUAUGCGACACAAAUGAUGCAUUGAAAGUAGGAUAUAAUAAAGUCAGUCCUUUCUUUGUACCAAGAAUCUUACCAAACAUGGCAGCGGGUCACAUAAGCAUUAAGUAUGGUUUUAGAGGUCCAAACCAUGCAGUAUCUACUGCAUGUGCCACAGGUGCACACUCUGUUGGUGAUGCCUUUAGAUUUAUUAGAAAUGGGGAUGCAGAUGUCAUGGUGUGUGGAGGUGCAGAAGCUUGUAUCAGCCCUCUUGCCAUUGCAGGAUUUAGUCGCCUAAGGGCACUGAGCACAUCCUUUAAUGAUAACCCAACUAAAGCCUCUAGACCCUUUGACAAGAAAAGAGAAGGUUUUGUCAUGGGUGAAGGUGCUGCUAUUUUGGUUUUAGAAGAGUAUCAGCAUGCAUUAGACAGAAAUGCAAAAAUAUAUGCAGAAAUAUUAGGAUAUGGCUUAUCUGGAGAUGCAAGUCAUAUAACUGCCCCAAGAGAUGAUGGGAGUGGGGCAGUGUUGUCAAUGAAGCGUGCAUUGAGAGAUGGCUGCAUUGACACAGAUAAAAUUACCUACAUCAAUGCUCAUGCCACAUCUACUCCUGUAGGAGAUGGUAUAGAAGCAACAGCCAUAAAAACUCUAUUUCAAGAUCACAGUUCAAAUAUAUUGGUUUCCUCAACAAAAGGAGCUCAUGGGCAUUUGCUAGGUGCCGCUGGUAAUUUGGAAGCCAUAUUCACUAUAUUAGCUUGCCAUCAUGGAGUGAUACCACCAACAAUCAAUUUAGAGGAACCUGUUGAUGAUUUGAAUUAUGUUGCUAAUGAAUCAAAACCUUGGAAUGCAGACAGAAGAAUUGCAUUGAAAAAUUCUUUUGGUUUUGGUGGAACAAAUGCAACACUUUGUAUUGGACAGAUGUAACUUUUCAAAUAUUAAUGUAGAUAGAUGAUUAUUUUUAAUAAAAAAAUGGGAAAUAAAUCCUGAUGAAGAAAUAGUACUUCCAAACUACAACUACAAGACUGGGAUGAACUAAGUGUAUAAUUUUGGGUAUAACAUGUAAAUAGAAAUAAAACUUUUUAUCACUGUA